UCCUUCCCUCCUCAAAAUCCUUUGUUUUGAACCACAAGUAGGAUUAAGUUCAUUCAGAUACACACUAACAGAUGCUGAGGAGGAUGGCGCCGAAGAAAAAGAAGGGCUCGGAGAGCGGUACCUUGUUUGGGGCCUACAAGCCCGACGACCCCGAUUCCUUCUUUGAGAAGUCGUAAGUAACAAACCGCUUCGACCCCUUCAACAACCCACCCAUGAGUACUGACAUUUUACCGUCAAAGUCCCUUUAGCUGCGCGUCAAUGAUCUCCCUCGAGUUCGAAAAGGGCGACCUAUUGCAGUUACACCGGGAUCUCCUACACCGAAACCCCAAGCUGGCCACUCUUGACGCCGCCGAGGAGAUUGAUCGCUGGACGGGGAAGCCCGUACCGAACCCUCAAUCCGCUGGCUUGAAGGGAAUCUCACGGAGCGCCGGCCAUGUCUUCGUCCAAUACCUCUACACUGACAAUUACCGUACGCUGAAGUGGGUUGGUCCAACCGACAGUCAGAAGAAAACCAUCGCCAAGGUCGAGACCGCAUUCGAAGUGUACGCCACUGCUCGCGAGUUCGACCUCAAGGAACUGGAAGCCUUGGCAACAGAGGAGAUCACCCUCCUGAGCAAGGAUGUCGAUGCCUUCACGAUCAUCAACAUUGUCAAAAAGGCCUACCCGUGUGCAAAAGGCAACGACACUUGGUUCCCCAUCUUCAUCAAGGAUACAAUCAGGACUGCCUUUGAGACACCUCUGGCGCCGCCGUCUGCUGAGACAGCAAGUGAGACUACCCCAGAUGACGCCCGGGCGGAAGUGCAGACACAAGAUGUCACACUUGCGAAGCUCCUUCUUCAGGGUGCUUUGGAGGUCUACAGGGAGAAGAUUGACGCCCUGACUGUCAAGCCUACCCCUCAGCCUGCCGCUGGGCCAGCUCCCCUAUUUGGCUUCUCAACGGCCAUGAACAACUUCAAGAAGACGACCAAUUUCAGUGCCUGGGGUAAUCAUAUGGCUGAGCCUGGCGUCUGGAACUUUGGCGGUAUGAAGGAGGAGGCGAAAGAAGAGAAGGCCGCCGAGUCUGUGCUAGAGUCAGUCAACGCUGAACCAGUGUCGGCCGAGGAGGCGAAGCAGGAUGAGCCCGACCCAAAGAAGGCUGAGGCUGUUAAUGAGUUCGCUACGUGGGGAGCGAGGACAACCAAGGACAGGAACAAGAAAAAAUGUGGUAUCUGGGACGGCCCAGUGCCAGAGCCUGUCGAGGAGGCGAAACAAGUUGAACCAGAGCCAGAGAAGAUUGAUACUGAAGUAGGGUUUGCUGCAUUAGAGACGACCACCAGCAAAAAAGACAAGAAGAAACCUAGCAUCUGGGACCCCGAGCCAGUGCCAGAGCCUGGCGAAGAGAAGUCGAUUGAGCUAUCGGCGAAAGAUGUCCAAGCCACGGAUGACCUGUGGGCAGCUUGGGGCAUCACGGCAAGCAAGAAGGACAAGAAAAAUAAGGGAAAGAAAGCUGAGCCGGAGCCGGAGCUUCUAAAGGAAGCUGAGCCUGAGCCGAUGCCCGAGAUCACCGAGCCGGAGCCUGAGCCUGUCCCAGUGGAGGCGCCCCAGGUUGUGGUAGAGCCAGCUGUCGAUGACACUUGGGCAGUGUGGGGCACCACAAUAAGCAAGAAGGACAAGAAACAGAAGAAGGGAAAGAAUCACAAGUCAGAGCUGGAGCUUCCAAAGGAACCUGAGCCUGAGCCUGAGCCUGAGCCUGAGCCUGAGCCGGUACCCGAGGUCAUUCCCGAACCAGAGCCCGAGAAGGAGGAGGACGAUUUCUGGGGUUCAAUCACUGCAUCAAAGAAGUACACGAAGAAGUACAAGAAGAAGAACAGAUGCAUGGAGGAGCCUGCACCUAUGGAGGAGGCUGCGUCUAUGGAGGAGCCCGAGGUUAUGAAAGAGCCGGCCCCGGCUAUCUCGUCUAUUGAGGAGGGCUGGGUGGGAGGUGAGCCGGACCGGUGGUCUUGAUGCUGUAGUAAUUGCUUGUUUUGGGACGUGAAUUUCUUUUGACGAGUAGUAUGGUGGGGCUACCACUGUGCCAGGUCAAUUAUUGUUGGAUUCACCAGGGUACCGGUAC